UAGCCGAAGAGGAAAGAAAAGACAGUCUGACCGUCGUGAAACAUGGUGGCGGCAGGGUUGAGGUGGCUGUGCGUGGUGUUUGUCCUAUUGUUGACGUCUGAGACUUUUGGGAAUAAUCGGUUCAGGAGGUUUGAAUAUAAAUAUAGUUUCAAGCCUCCAUAUUUGGCUCAGAAGGAUGGAUCUGUCCCGUUUUGGGAGUACGGCGGAAAUGCCAUUGCCAGUUCAGAAAAUGUCCGAAUAGCUCCGUCAAUGAAAAGUCAAAAGGGAGCAAUAUGGACUAAAUCAAAAACAAAUUUUGAUUGGUGGGAAGUAGAUAUUGUUUUCCGCAUCACAGGAAGAGGUAGACUGGGUGCUGAUGGGCUGGCUUUCUGGUUCACAGAGUCAAAAGGUGCCUAUGAUGGACCAGUUUUUGGCAGUUCUGAUAAAUGGGUUGGACUUGGUGUGUUCUUUGAUUCAUUUGACAAUGAUAAUAAACACAAUAACCCCUUCAUUAUGGGUGUACUCAAUGAUGGUACAAAGGAAUUUGAUCAUCCUCAUGAUGGAGCAACUCAGAUGUUGAAUGGAUGUAUGAGAGAUUUCCGCAACAAGCCUUACCCGACAAGAGCUCGAAUAGAGUAUUACCUCAACUCACUCACUGUCCUGAUCCAUAGUGGUAUGACAAACAAUGAACAGGAAAUGGAAAUCUGUUUCAGAGCCGAUAAUGUAGUCCUUCCCAAAAAUGGUUACUUUGGUCUCUCUGCUGCAACAGGAGGGUUAGCAGAUGAUCACGAUGUUCUCCACUUCCUGACCACAAGCUUGCAUCCUCCUGGGCAAGCACCUCCACCGCCCUCCCCAGCACGGGUCACUGACGAGGAGCAGAAGAAACUCAGUCAGGAAUAUGCAGAUUAUCAGAAGAAGCUGGAACAGCAGAAAGAAGAGUAUCGCCGUGAGCACCCUGAUGCAGUCAAGGACCGUGAUCAAUUCUCUGAUGAGUGGUUUGAAUCUGAUAGCCAACGGGAAUUGAGACAGAUAUUUGCAGGACAGAGCAAAAUGUCUGAAAUGAUUCAUGAGCUGAGCCGAAAACUGGAUGAGGUGGUUGGCAGACAGGAAAGAGUUAUGAGCCUUCUCUCUGGUAUAUCAACAGGAGGACAGGUGGCAGGGGGACAACCACUACAAAUAACUGACACUAUCCGCCGCCAUGAGGUGGAUGCUGUCCUGUCCAAUCAGAAUACUAUCAUCAAUGCUGCUCGGGAAAUAAGAUCUACUUUACACGAGGUCCAUUCACGAGCAGACACUAUUUUGCAAACUCAAUCAAAGCAGUCAACUGGACAAGUUGCAUCUGUCAGCUAUGAGGCUGUUGGCUUAGGGAAUGAAGUGCGUGAUGCACUUAAUUCACUCAAGCGUGAAAUGGCACAGAAAGUUGUGCCAUCUUGUCCAAGUGUAUCAUGUGUUUCAUUGACCAUGGUGCUGGUCAUUGUUGCUGGGCAGAUGCUUGUCCUACUCCUGUAUGUUUACUACAGGGACAACAAAGAAGCACAGGCAAAGAAGUUCUUUUAACUUCUGUGAUUUGUGCUCGACAGAAGGCUUCCAAAGAAGUGGAGAAACUGUAGUAAUGGCAAUGUUGUGUUCAUGAAGUAACUGAGGAUGGGACCUGUGAUAAUAAAGAGUAAAAGGCUGUUAAGUUUGAACACUAAAUAGUAUCUAGGGUAUUACAUUUGUUCCAUUAUUGACAGAAGCUUUUUUUUUAAAUGAUUGUAAUUCAUCCCAUGACAGACAAUAGACAGUUCUGUUUCCGCUGUGUUUUUUUAUACCCAUAUUCAUCUUAAUUCCCAUAUCGUAAGAGACAAAAUAAGAUCAAUAUUUCAAACACCAUUGGUAAUAAAGAAUUCUUUGUUCUCUGAACACUGUACCUGUUACUGAGACUGCUCAGAGCAAUAUGGAAUGAGCCCUGUAAAUGUGUGUAAAAUUUACUUUAGGCCUUCUACAUGACAAAAUUAAACUUACAUUAUUGGCUGACUGUAGUCAUCAUAGAUAAUCGUGUAUGUGCGCGCGCGCACUCUUCGAAGUUCACAUUGUAAAGAGAUGUUUUGAGCUGUAAAACAUAAGUGUGUUACAGUACAGAAUCCAAGGCCAUGUUUCUCACUCAGAGGAAGCUUCUGAAAAGACACAAUUAUCACAGUUUUUAGUUUUAAGUAUGUGGACAUUCAAGAAAAGGUGCCAAUUUUCAGGCAGUAUACGCAGAUUUGUGCAUGGUCUUCACAUUCAGGAAGACAUACCUCUCUUAAGUUAUGUGGUUGUGAUGCUCUAGUGUUUCAAAGAAAACUUGUGCUCUUCUGACAUAGUUGUUCUGGAAAAGAAUUAUAAAUGAGUGUGAACUUUUAAUUCAAGAACCAGUGUGUGUUUAUGAUUGACAUGUAAUAGCCCACUGAGAGAAGCUUUGGAAUUGGAAAGAGGUAAUCAGUGGGAGUAAUCAUAAGAUUCUUUCAUUGCUUUGGGCAGUCCUUAAGUUUUUGCAGACAUUCCAACAUAAAUAAAUGCAUAUAUUUUUGCAUUUUUCUGAGCUGUGGCAAAUUUUGUAAUGCUGUUGUAGUACUGAGUGAUUAUAUUUUAACAGAUGCAUUUCAUAGGGCCUGGUGUAAAUAAAUUUAAGUAUUAAAAGGUGUAACAGAAUUGUAUGUUAGUGGAUAUUGUUCUCCAGUUUGAAAAAAUUUUGUGUGUGUGUGUGUGUGUGUGUGUGUGUGUGUGUGUGUGUGUGUUCAUAAAGUAAUUUGUUGGUUUUUCUCAUUAUUUGGUGAGGAAGCACUGGAGCACAGUUGGUCUGUUUUUCACUUAAUUAGGGCUAAACGAAUUUAAGGUAACAGUGUGUUACCAUUUGAACAUUGUCUUGGUAUUAGUGGUAGCAGCAACUGUAUGGUCAGUAAUUUAUUUUUGAAACUUACUUUUGUCAUUACUGUAAGUUUGUGUUCUGUGGUUCAAAAGUGACUUUUCCUCUGACCAAAAUUGUUUGCUUCCUGUGCCAUUACAUGCAUUUGAAUUUGUUUCCAUCCAUUUUGCGUUUUCUGUUUGUUCUUAGUUUUUUCUGUUGUAGAAUUUGUUUGUUGUGACAAUUUUCUUUGCAUUUUUCUUGUGGUUGUCUCUUCAUGUUUCUGAUAUUUAGUUGUCUUGUAUGUAAGUCCUAUGAUAAUUUUCCAAAACUUUAAUGUUUUCUGAGUUUAAUUGAUGAUUGUGAUUUGUGGCAGUUUGUUUUUGAACAUUUUUUUCCACAGCAAGUUAUGUGAAAAUGUGAAAGCAGCAAUACAUGUAAAGAAAUUUGUGUUUCAAAUUUGUGACAUACACAGCAAUCUUAGUGAAGCUUUUGUCUUAAACAAUUUCCAACCUGUUAUCCUCUCCUACCCUGUUAUGUUGUGCAUGAAUUUUUUCUGUUUGGCAAUCUUUAAAAUGCUGUCUCUGUUUCUUCUUAUUUUCUUGUAAGGAGUUAUAUAUAAACACUGUUAAUUAGGUUAUUGUACAGUGAGAGAUAAAGUGCAAUGCUUUGGGUGUUACUCUCGUAUGGACCAGAUUGUUCCUGCUAGAAAAUUAUUUCAUACUAAUUUUUUGUUAGUUAUAAUUUACUUGUCACAUUGAAGACCAUUUAUUCAUCCUGCAGCUAAAAAUGAAUAAAACAUGAAAUUUACACACAUUAACAUGCAUGGCAAUUCUAGAAACUUGUUGUGUAUCUAUAAUGUAGCCCUUGUUCAGAGUUACUACUACAGUGUGAAUUUGUUUUCAAAGGGUGUUAGAAUAGUUGUCACAAAGUUAUGGGGUAAAUGAUGACCUUUGGUGUGUAAGGAUCUAAAAUUUUUGUACUUAUUCAGAAUUACUAUAUUUUCUGAACACUAUUUUAACCCAAAGAAAAAUUAAGAUGGUAGCAUCUGGCAUACCCAUUCAUACACUGCCACAUAGUCAAAAAUGUGUAUUUAUUAUUGUUUGAUGAAGACUGCUGUGUAUUGCACAAAAUUAGCAAAUGUGGUUUGUAAAUGAAUGUGUUGUGGGUUAUUACAUCUUAAUUUUUUUAGUAGUACCAUGUCUAACAAAAUUCAUUUUGUGCUAUUCAUUUUAUAUCUCAUUUAUUGUGUCUCUUUUACUUAUGGCAAAAUACAUCGCAGGUAGCUACUUUCCACAAAGAGAAAUUUCCAGUAAAUGCAGUUUUUCUAUCAGACAGAUGAAAGUAAAAAUUAAGUGAUGUUAUGUAAACCGUGCUGUAGGCAUUGGAACCUCACCAUUUGUUCAUUGAGUCUCAGGUAGACUGUUGUAAACAGAAGUGAACAGUCAAAUAAAAUUGGCGUGCAAUAUUUGUUAAA